AUGACAACAGAAAGUGAUCCACGUUCAUUGGCGACGAUUUGCUUCCAAGGAACGAUUUUGGGCUUUAUUAUCUUGGCGGCCAUAAUGGGGAAUACUCUUAUUUUAACAUCGCUGUACCGUUUCACCUGCCUUCAGACUAAAACGAACGCCUUUGUUCUGAAUCUGGCGAUCGCCGAUUUAUUUCUUGCAGUUUCCGCAAUGCCGUUUACCCUGGCCACGUCCAUUAAAUACGACUGGAUCUUUGGGAAUGUCAUGUGCCAGGUUACCGCCGUAUUGAACUCCAUUUUCUGUGAAGCUUCUAUAAUGACCCUUGCAUUUGUAAGUCUGGAGCGGUUUCUCGCGAUAGUUUAUCCUCUGGAAUAUGAAAGGAUGGUCACAUCGAAACGCGUAAAAUUUGUCAUUGGUUUCAUCUGGUCCGAGGCGAUUUUCUGCGCGAGUUCCACCUUUGUCUUUUCCAGAUUUACCUUCUUAAAGUUUGAGUCAAUAUGCACCGUUGACUGGGGUUAUAAUAUGGCGUACACUCUUUUAUUCGCGAUUCUAUUUUUUUAUGUGCCUUUUCUUGUCACAGCUGUUUUGUAUUGUGUUAUUUUACACACAGCGAUUAAACAACAUCAGCGAGUCGCCGCCAUAAAAGUUGGGGAGAUAGUUCUUGAUCGCCAAUCGCAAAAGCGCGAUAAAGCGGAACAAGACAGAGGGGGAGCAAAAUGGACUAAGAAGGAACACAAGGCGACUAUCAUGAUAGCGAUAGUGGUGGGGACGUUCUGCGUAUGUUGGAUCCCUCACUCAGUCAGCGUUUUUUGCCUUCUAGAUUCAAAUUGUCAAUGGGAUGACUCCUUUUUUAUAGUCACAACUUGGUUGGCCAUGCUCAACAGUGCCAUGAACUCGAUAAUUUACGGUUUGAUGAACCGAAGCUUUCGCCGCGCGUUUAAGAGUAUCUUGUUUUGUGAACGGUACGUAGGUAACGCGGAUCUGGUGACAAAUAUUCUGCAAGAAAGAAAAGAGAAAAAGAGCUACGGGAAUGUGUCAAGUCUUUGUUAUAAUACUGAGAGGUAA